AUGGUUGCUCCAGCUUACGUUGAAGAUACCUAUGUCGAUCAUGAGUUAUCUGCAAACUUAGAUUCAACAUUUGCAUUUGAAGGUCCUGAGAAACUAUUAGAGAUCUGGUUCUUUAAAUCUGAAAACGAUAUCCCAAAAAAGUCGGAAGGCUUACGUAGCAUCCCGUUAGAAAAAUGGGUUAGGGUAUUAGAUUUAGUCAGCUGUAAAAUUCUAUCCAUGAAAUCUUCAAAAUUCAUGGACGCUUACUUGUUAUCUGAAUCUUCGUUGUUUGUAUUCCCACAUAAGUUGAUCUUAAAAACUUGUGGAACUACUACAACAUUAGCAUGUCUUGAAAGCUUAUUUGAAACUGUUAAUCAAUAUGUUGAGGGCAUUGAUUUUAAUGAUUUCAAUGUGUACAAAAUAUUUUAUUCAAGGAGAUCUUUCAUGUUCCCAGAUAAACAAAAGCAUGUGCACAGAAACUGGAAGCAAGAAGUUACUUUAUUGAAUAAAUAUUUUCAAAACGGAAAAUCAUACAUAGUUGGAGAUUUUACUGGCGACGACCAUUGGUAUUUGUAUAUGGGGGGCAGAGAUUCUGUGCCUUCUGAUGAAAAUGCAAAUGAUAAUGUCCGUGAUCAAACAUUUGAAAUAUUAAUGACUGAAUUGAAUCCUGAAAAAGCUGAAAAUUUCAUCGCGGAUAGAAAGCCUGGUGCCGAAUCUUUGAUUAAAGAAUCAAGUGAAGAAGAAGAGCAUGAUCUAGGCCAUGAUAUGGGAAUGCAAACCAUGUGCAAAAGCAAACUAGAUUCUAUUUUCGAUGGAUCAAAUAAGAAGCUUAAAUCUCAUCAUUUACCAUCACCUUCUUUGUCUGACAGUAUGGAAUUAGAUUCAGAUGAAUGUCUGAAGGAAACUCCAACUAUUAAUUCUGACAAAUUCAAGUUUAUUCAUGAUGCAUUUGCGUUCAGUCCCUGUGGAUAUUCGUCAAAUUCGAUAUCAUCAAAUAACGGUGGCUAUUACUACACGUUACAUAUUACACCCGAAUCUGGAUGGUCAUACGCGUCAUUCGAAACUAAUUACCCUUUUACAAAGGAUAGUAAUGAAAGCAUAGUUGACGUAUUAAAUAAGGUGUUAGAUAUCUUCCAACCUGGAAAAUUCUCCGUCACUUUUAUUACGGAAUCUGAGGACACUCAUGAUAAGUUCAAUUUCCACGAUUUAUCGAAUUGUGCUGAAGAUUUAAGUGAGCAAGGCUAUCAAAAACAAGAGCGGGUUUUAUAUGACUUGAAGUUUGGCUAUAAAUUGUUGUACUUGAAUUUCACAAAAGACAAAACGUAA